UAUUCGUGUUUGCCCCUUCCCUGUUUGGCCGGGAACUCAACUAACAAUCAGAUAAUUGCGUGAAUCGAAAGUGAUUUUGAAGCAAAUAAAUCGCCAAAAAGUGGCAGAAAAUAGGGGAACGUGUGCCUGAGGUUUCUUUAACAUCAAAUUGAACCAUCCUUUUCUCUUUCUGGCCUUGUGGAGAGCUCAAGUGAUCGAGUCUUACUCAAGUGUUUCUCAAAAUUCAUAAAUAAUCACAGGAUAUUACUAUAUUUUAUCAGGAAUUACGAAACAAUCAAAGCUGCAGUUCAAAUUGUCUGCAAGUAACGCCUUGUGUGUUUUGUUAUCCAUAUCCGUUCUUAAUUAAUUUCUCUUUAUCUUUGCUUUUCUUAUAUUAUUGGCGGGAGAAAUUGAGACGAUUGAGGAACUUCCAGAACGAGACACAUGUUUGAGAUUCGAUAAAAGUCUGUAUGUUUAGCAAAACCCAGAUUAUCAGUGUAAAAAGAGGGCGUGCGCACUGGUGGAGACUGAGGUUUUGUGUAUGUGGAAGUAGGCCAGGCCUUCCACCAUCCUCUCAUAAAUGCUCAGUUUCGUCUUCUUCGUCGUCAGUCAUCAUGCUCACUUCCUCAAGUCCCGAGUUCCCAUUUUCGGCCCUUUCUUCCCUCUGCCUGUUUCAGUCUCUCUGUAUUUGUGGGGAUAAACUAAUGCGUUGAGCAAUAAGCAAGUGAUAUAUGGUUAAGCUACGUGUCUGCAAGGACUGAACUUUAUUUCUUACUCGUGAUUUACUUGGUCUGUGAAUUCCAAGUUGAGUUGUGUCUUGUAACAAGAAUAUGAGUACAGAGCAAAAGCCCCUCAGUGAAGAACAAGAUGCGGUUUCGUGCCAAAUAACAGCUUCUCUCCCAGUUCACAAGGUUGAUAAUACAAUGGGGAUAAGUGGAGAGUCCACGCAUACUCGUCGCUGGAAGCGAGAGAAUCUUUCACUACAAAUACCAUCAAGAACAUCAGAAGAGUCUUCUCAAGAUUUUGUAACAAUCAAGAUGCCUCAGACUCCAAGUCCUUCUCCAACUCCUAAGAGAGUGAAUUUUCUGGUGACUUCACGCUCUGUUGACACCUCCAGUAAUAAGUCUCCAGGACCUUCAGCAUCAAGAGGAAAACCAUCCAUAAAAAGUCUCUUACCAAAACUGAGCUUUAUUUCUCGGGUGUCAUCAGAUAUUGAAAAGGGUUCUACUGCAGCUUCAGAAGGUUCCUCUUCAGGCACUCGAGAAAAGCCUUCAAUUUCAAGAACCUUAUCCCUUACUAAAAUAUUUACUCCCAGGAUUAAGAGGACCUCAUCAUUGCCAGUGGAUGAAUUUGCACAUUCAAAUUCAGAAUCUGCUCAUGCUGGAACUCUUGGCACUUCUUUGCAGAGAAGCUCUGCUCAGAGGCAAAUAGUUCGCUCUCUUUCAGUGCCUGUCAACAAUAACGAAAAAGGCUUAAGGAGAAUGGAUUCAUUUUUCCGUGUAAUUCCUUCCACCCCACGAGUGAAGGAUGGAAUUGAAUUUUCGACAGCAUCCCCAGCAAAGGAUUCUGAAAACGAUAUUGCUGAUGGUGAGGAUAUAGCAGAAGAAGAGGCCGUAUGCAGAAUUUGUAUGGUUGAUCUAUGCGAAGGGGGUGAAACUUUCAAGCUGGAAUGCAGCUGCAAAGGCGAACUUGCUCUGGCACACCAAGAAUGUGCUAUCAAGUGGUUUAGCAUCAAAGGAAACAAAACAUGUGACGUGUGCAAGGAGGAGGUUCGGAACCUACCUGUUACUCUUCUGCGGAUCCAAAGUGUCAGGGCUCGACAUACUGGAGCAAGUAGGUCUCAGCUGGACAAUGUGAAUGAAUAUAGGGUUUGGCAGGAAGUGCCCGUUCUAGUCAUUGUCAGCAUGCUUGCAUAUUUCUGUUUUCUUGAGCAGCUAUUGGUUGGAAAAAUGGGUACUUCUGCAAUUGCUAUAUCUCUUCCGUUUUCAUGUGUAUUGGGUCUACUCUCAUCCAUGACAUCAUCCACAAUGGUGAAGAGCAGGUUCGUCUGGAUUUAUGCAUCAGCACAGUUUGCCCUGGUGGUUGUCUUUGCUCAUAUAUUUUACUCCUUGGUAAUUGCAAAAGAUGUACGCUUCGGCCACAACGUCCGCGUGCAGGCAAUCCUGUCAAUACUUCUAGCAACCUUCGCAGGGUUUGGUGUGGUAAUGAGUGGAAGUUCAAUUAUUGUUGAGUUCUUCAGAUGGAGAAGAAGAUGGCAGGCUUCAUUAGAGCAGAAUAAUAAUGGUCUUCCAGUUAUGGCACCUCAUUCUGGCUCUUCCAGAGGAAGGGCUCAGAGUCAAUAAAACUCGAGUGCUUCUUCAUAAGCCAAGAGAGCAGUUAAAAAUCGAUGCUCAUCUCUGAAUAUCUCGCAGUCUACUCAAGACUCUGAAUGUACAGCUCGUAAUGAUACUGAUACUGAUAAUGCAGUGUUAUUAGAGAAAAGAUUGGCUCGGGGCUGCAAUGGAAUUAGUGGUUGUUGCUGGUUAGAGUUUCUUUUGGGCUCUGUUAAAUCAGAAGUUUUGUAGCCUCCUUUUUUGUCAUCUUUGGGAGAGACAAGAAAAGAAUUGAGGCAUUAUCUGAAUAUUAUGAUCAUGGGGCCAAUAACAAAUUUUGUGAAGCAUUCCAAAUACACUGGAAGCUCAUCUACGGUGCUUUUCACCGAAAGUAUUUGUACGAGUCUACCAGAUUUAACGAUUGAGGCUUCAAAAGUUUGUGAUAA